CUCUGCAGUAUAAUAGAACAGAGAGUAACUACUUAUCUCUGUUGCAAGUAGUAAUAACAAAACUUGUAUCCACUUCAGUAUUUUAUCAAGUUUGUUUUAUUGCUAACAUUGGUGAAGUAGAAAAAGGAAUCAACUAAAAAUACAAUCCUUGAUGCCUGAAGCAUGCACGGAAGAGUCAAAGUACGUACAACAGCUGAGCAAGAGAAAAUCAGAGAAUUAGAGAAACAGAAGAAAGCAGCUGAAUUUAGAAAAGGAGUUGAUUUCGUAUUUCAAAAGCGAAAAAACCAAGAAUGGGAUGAUGAAAUUUUCUUACUAACGGAAAAAUUGCUAGUCAGGUAUCCUGAUGUUUAUACUUUGUGGAAUGUAAGAAGAGAAGGUUUUUUGAAUAACAAAUGGUCUGAUGAAGAUCGUGUUGAAAGAUUAGAAAAGGAAUUAAUACUUACAGAAUCAAGUUUGAGAGAAAAUCCAAAGUCAUACUGUGUGUGGCAUCAACGAACUUGGAUCAUUGAACAGUUACCAAACCCUAACUAUAAAAGGGAAUUAGAAUUAUGCAAAAAAUGUCUUAAUCUAGAUGAACGAAACUUUCAUUGUUGGGAUUAUAGAUUGUUUAUAGUUAAAAAAGCAAAUAUAUCUGAUCAAGAAGAAUUAGAGUUUACAAAGACUAAAAUAUUAAAUAACUUUUCUAAUUACUCAUCCUGGCACUACAGGAGUAGGUUGUUAAGAAAGUUGUAUCCAAGUACUGUUCAUGAUUUACCAAUCAGAGCUGACAAGCAUGACGAAGAACUUGACUUAGUAAUGAACGCUACUUUUACGGAUCCAAAUGAUUCCAGUGCAUGGUUUUAUCAGCGAUGGUUGUUGGAUUACUGGAAAUCACCAGUAAAGUUAUGGCGAGUAGUAAUAACUGAUGUUACGAUAACAGCUGCAUUCCAUAAAGAAGUGUCUUUAGAUUUUGAACUACUUGUAAAUGGUAACAAAAUUGAGUGUGAUUGGAAACCUGCCAAUGGGAAAAAAUUUUGCACGGUGUGGUACGCUGAACUUGAAAAUUGUCUGUGUGAUGAAAGCAGUGAGGUACUUUUUAAAUUUGAGGGAAGUAUAUACAGUUUAAAAAUAUUGAAUUCAUUCAAAGAAUGGAUUUACCAAAGUGAAAAAUUAAGUGGGAAUCAAAACGAUUCCAAGUUAAAAGAACAACUAGAAAAUUACAAAGUGCUCUUGCAAAUGGAGCCCUCCAAUAAAUGGGCCAAGUUAACCAGUGCACACUUGAUGCUGAACAUCAAUCCUAUUGAUGCGAAUUCAGAUAUCAUAAAAGAAUUGAGCGAUUUAAUAACUGUCGAUCCUCUUAGAGAAAAUUAUUACAAGGAUAUGAGAAGUAAAUGCAUUCUUGAAUACUGCUUGCAUGCUGUUAUAAACGAUAACAAUAAAAAUAAAGUCAUUCGUAAUGUAGAUUUGUCGAAUCUAAAAUUGACAUCACUGUCUAGUCAAGAGCCUUAUUUGGCAUUUCUUCAUGAAGUAAACCUUAGAAAUAAUAACUUGGAGAACAAAAUAUUUCAAUUGUACACUUUGCAGCAAUGCAGAAAACUAGAUUUAUCAAACAAUGCAGUGUCUUCUCUUAAAAAAUUUCCAAAAAUGAAAAACUUGAGGAUUUUAUUGUUAUCAAAUAAUCAUAUAUCAGAAUCUCAGGAGAUUCUUGAUUUAGUGGGAGCACAUAAUUUAGAAAAAUUAAACGUUAAAGGAAAUCCGAUUGUUGACAUAGAUUCACUAGUUAGCGAGAUAAAAAAACUGUCUCAAACUAUAGAGGUGCUGGUUUAA